CGGGACGCGGGCCGAAGCCGCCGAAGAUGGAGACGGUCCCUCGGGGCGGCUUCCAGCCUCACCCGGGGCUUCAGAAGACGCUGGAGCAGUUCCAUCUCAGCUCCAUGAGCUCCUUGGGCGGCCCGGCUGCCUUCUCGGCGCGUUGGGCGCAGGAGCUUUACAAGCGGGAGACGGCCAAGGAGGCAGCGUCGGUGGCCUCUUCGUCCUCGUCCUCCUCCGUGGCCGGCCCGGAGGCACCGCUGCCUCCUCUGCCCGCCAUCCCUCCUCCCCCCGCCCCGGUGAUGCCGGGCCCUUUCUUCAUGCCGUCGGACCGCUCGACGGAGCGCUGCGAGACGGUGCUGGAAGGCGAGACCAUCUCCUGCUUCGUGGUGGGCGGCGAGAAGCGGCUCUGCCUGCCCCAGAUCCUCAUCGUCCUGCGCGACUUCUCCCUCCAGCAGAUCAAUGCCGUCUGCGACGAGCUGCAUGUCUACUGCUCCCGCUGCACCGCCGACCAGCUGGAGAUCCUCAAAGUCAUGGGCAUCCUGCCCUUCUCGGCGCCCUCCUGCGGCCUCAUCACCAAGACCGACGCCGAGCGCCUUUGCAACGCCUUGCUCUACGGCGGUGCCUACCCGCCAAGCCGCUGCAAGAAGGAGAUGCCCUCCGGCACCGCUGCCAACACCCUGGAGCUGGAGCUGACCGAGGGCAGCUUCAGGAUCUACCACGAGUGCUUCGGCAAGUGCAAAGGCCUGCUGGUGCCCGAGCUGUACAGCAGCCCCGGAGCCCCCUGCAUCCAGUGCCUGGACUGCCGCCUCAUGUACCCGCCGCACAAGUUCGUCGUCCACUCCCACAAGGCCCUGGAGAACCGGACUUGCCACUGGGGCUUCGACUCCGCCAACUGGCGAGCCUACCUGCUCCUCAGCCCGGAUUAUGCCAGCAAGGAAGACAAAGCCAGGCUCAGCCAGUGCCUGGACGAGAUGAAGGAGAAGUUCGAUUACAGCCACCGGUACAAGCGGAAGGCGCCCAGGGUCCCAUCCGAUCCGCUUGUCCCCAAGAAACUCAAAACAGACGAUGCCCUGCAGUCUCCCUUACUUGGGGAUAAGGAGAAGCAGUCCAGCUGGCUACGAUCCUUGUCCAAUUCAUCCAGUAAGAAUAUUGGGUGUCUUCAUCCGCGGCAGCGUCUUUCUGCAUUCCGGCCCUGGUCCCCCGCCGUUUCAGCCAGCGAGAAGGACGUCACCAACCACAUCCCGACAUUAAUUAGAGACAGUUGCUAUUCGUAUAAAAGUUUUGAGAACUCCGUCGCACCCAACGUGGCGCUGGCCCCCCCUCCUCAGCCAAAGAUCGUGAGCAACCCACUGUGCCCCCCGGCUGCCUUGCGGAACGCCGAGCCCCUCAGCAGCCCUCCCCAGCUCCGGAAAAGGAAACACGUCGCCGAACACACAGCUGUGCCCGAACCACCGCCCCCCGCCGCAGCCGUGCCCACCGUCGUCCCUCCCGUCCCUGCCGCGGAAGAAGAGAAGGAAUCUGAAGCCGAGAUAGAAGUGGAAACCCGAGAAGAGUUCACUUCCUCCCUGUCCUCGCUCUCCUCGCCGUCCUUCACCUCUUCGGGUUCAGCCAAGGAUAUGAAUUCCCCCAGCCUGCAAGUCCAGCCCGCCGCCGGCAACGCUGUCUUUGAAGUGUCAAGUCACGCCGAGCCUCAGAACGGGCCCAACGGGCUGGAAGCUGAGCUGGAGCAUCUGAGGCAGGCCUUGGAUGGCGGCCUGGACACCAAAGAAGCCAAAGAGAAAUUCCUCCACGAGGUGGUGAAGAUGAGGGUGAAGCAGGAGGAGAAGCUCAACGCCGCCUUGCAGGCCAAGCGCAGUCUCCACCAGGAGCUGGAGUUCCUCCGCGUGGCCAAGAAAGAGAAGUUGAGGGAGGCAACGGAAGCCAAGCGCAACCUGAGGAAGGAGAUCGAACGCCUCCGGGCAGAGAACGAGAAGAAGAUGAAAGAGGCCAAUGAGUCUCGGAUACGGCUCAAGCGGGAAUUGGAGCAGGCCCGACAGGUCCGGGUAUGCGACAAGGGUUGUGAGGCCGGCCGUCUACGAGCCAAAUACUCAGCCCAGAUCGAAGACCUGCAGGUGAAGCUCCAGCACGCGGAGGCGGACCGAGAACAGCUGCGGGCCGACCUCUUGCACGAGCGCGAGGCGCGCGAGAACUUGGAAAAAGCCGUCAAGGAACUGCAAGAGCAGCUCUGGUCAAAGCAUAACGACCUGCCCAACAGUGCGCACACCCCGAAAGACCCUGAGAACUGAGACCCCACCCCAUCCCACCCCACCUACACACCCCCGGCUCAAGACCGGCGGAAUCCUGCCUGUGGCCCGAGGGCCGAUCCGUGCAUAGUAAGCAAGACUGCGUGGAAGAGGCGUUCCCCAUCCCUAUCCCUGCAUGUGGCUAAAGACCAUGGAUCCAUGGUUCUUAAAUCGGAGGGCAAAUGUUGUUAACUCUUUAAUAACGGAAAGCACUGAAAUUCUGCCUCUUUUUUUUU